AUGGAAUCCACUGCUGCUUUUGUAGUUCUAACCAACCGAUCUCUUUUUCGUCUACUCAUGGAAUUUAUUGACGGUGUUCCGGGUUCCGUCGUGUCACUAGUCGCUGAUUUUCAACGGAUUCAUCGACGAGUUCCAUGGUCUGCCAUUGGCGCUUUACCACGUGUUGCAAUUGAACGGGGAGAUAUGGAAAUGCUUCGUCAUGUGAAGAGAUUGUCAUCUGCUAAGAGGUUUCAGCGGCAUCCAGAGCUGUCGUUUGAUGGGGCCACGCGCUGUGCGAUUCAAUUUGGACAUCUCGAGAUUUUAAAGUACUUGGCAGAUACAGGGAUGCUGCGAGUAGACAGUAGUAAUGGGAUAGAGGCUUUAACUAGUACAACAGUAGGGAGUAUGUUGAUGAGGUGGGCAGUGAGAUACUCAGAGGUACUAGAGUCGACAUCCAAAGUAGAGAUUGUCGAGUGGGUAGCUGAAAAGUUUUCGAGGUCGGCGUUGAGGAACGUUCAAGCGGAAGAUCUGAGUCGAUCUAGCGUACCAGUGUUAAUUUUCUUAAAGGAGAGAGAGCUGGCGACGAAUGGCUUUGAAGACCCAAGACUUGUGGACUUGGUGGCGACCACGGGGAAGAUGGAGAUGUUGAUGUUUUUGCUGGACAGAGAGGACGAAGGAAGGUUAUUGACGAGGUGCACGCAAGACGCCAUGGAUGGCGCGGCUACGAACGGACAUUUGGAGAUCGUGCAGUAUUUACACCGCCAUAGAACGGAGGGAUGUACUGUUGCUGCCAUGAAUGGUGCUGCUCAAAACGGACACAUGGAGGUGGUGCAGUUCUUGCACACUCAACGGACCGAAGGAUGCACUGUUGCUGCUAUGGAUGGAGCUGCACGCAAUGGACACCUUGACAUGGUGAUGUUUCUACACACUUACCGUGGAGAAGGCUGCUCGACUGCCGCUAUGGACAACGCUGCAGCUGGAGGUUUCCUCGAAGUCGUGCGUUUUCUCCAUGAUAAUCGCAACGAAGGUUGCACGACGAAAGCCAUGGAUGAAGCAGCUCGUAGUGGACAUUUGGAGACGGUAAAGUUUCUACAUGCUCAGCGUAAGGAAGGUUGUUCGACGGAUGCCAUGGACGGUGCUGCGCUUGUUGGAAGCUUGUCAAUUAUCACGUUUUUGCAUGAAAACCGAAACGAAGGAUGCACAACAAGAGCAAUCGAUGGUGCUGCAUGGAGAGGACAUCUUGACGUUGUUCGGUAUUUGGUAACAAACCGCUCGGAUGGCUGCACUUCCAAAGCAUUGGAUACUGCCUGUCAAAAUGGUUAUUUCGAGAUCGUGCAGUUUCUUCAUGAGCAGGGAAAUGCACCAUGUACGACCGACGCAAUGGACAUGGCUGCAAGUGGCGGCCACUUGGAAAUCGUAAAAUAUUUGCAAGAAUGCCGAGUCGAAGGUUGUACAAAGGACGCCAUGGCAAACGCAGCUAUUAACGGUCAUGCAGACGUUGUUCGUUUUCUUGGCGAACACAGGAAGGAGGGCCCGCAUGAAUUUACUCUUGAGCUUGCUGCUGCACAAGGCAACGUAGAUUGUGUCAACGCAUUGAUUCGGUGUUCAAUUCGCGGUUGUCUUUUUGAAGCACGCCAUGCUGCUCUUCAGGCUGGUCAUUUUCGUGUGGCAGAACUUCUAUCGGCUUGGAUGAAUCCAGACGUCCGUACGUGCUCAUCAAAGCACUAUCACGUACGUCCAGGUCCCAGAUGGUGUCAAAAGCAGCCGCAUCUCGACAACCUCAGUGAAGCCAGAAAUGAGCAGCACUCAAGUCUUGUAAAACCUUCUGGAUGGCGGCAGUGGUUCGUAUGGCUGUAG